AUGUUCAAGUUAAGAGUUGGCGUUAGUGCAAGACGUUUUUCCGUUUCGGCGCUACGCUCCACUUCUUCCAGCGGAGUGCAACAGGCAAUGCCUCUUUCCGCGGCACAGCCUCCGCAGGGCUCGCCGGUUUCGUUGAAGACGGCAACAAGAGACCCCUCAUUGUACGGAUCAAAACCGAUCUAUUUGGACAUGCAGGCCACCACGCCAACAGACCCUCGUGUCUUGGACAAGAUGCUUGAGUUUUACACGGGCUUGUAUGGUAACCCCCACUCAUCCACCCAUGCUUAUGGAUGGGAAACCGAUGCUGAGGUGGAGAAGGCCAGACAGCAUGUUGCUGCCGUGAUCGGGGCCGACCCUAAGGAGAUCAUUUUCACGUCCGGUGCCACUGAGUGUAACAACAUGGCUCUGAAAGGUGUUGCUCGGUUCUACGGAAAGACCAAAAAACAUAUCAUCACCACUCAGACAGAACACAAGUGUGUUUUGGACUCGUGCAGACAUUUGCAAGAUGAAGGGUUCGAGGUGACGUAUUUGCCGGUUAACACAGACGGACUGAUUGAUUUGGAGCUGCUGGAGAAAAGCAUCAGAAAAGAUACCUGUCUUGUUUCUGUUAUGGCCGUGAACAACGAGAUCGGUGUGAUACAGCCAUUGGAGGAGAUUGGCCGUAUUUGUCGGUCCAAGAAGGUGUUUUUCCACACCGAUGGAGCUCAGGCUUACGGGAAGAUCCCAAUCGACGUCAACAAAUGCAACAUUGACUUGAUGUCGAUUUCGUCGCACAAGAUCUACGGUCCUAUGGGUGUUGGAGCCACGUUUGUGCGUAGACGGCCGAGAGUCCGGUUGGACCCUAUCAUCAACGGAGGAGGCCAGGAGCGUGGUCUGAGAUCCGGAACACUUGCUCCCCCUCUUGUUUGCGGAUUCGGAGAGGCUGCCAGACUGAUGGUGCAGGAGUAUGAGUCGGACAAGCAGCACAUCACUGCUUUGAGUAACAAGCUGAUGGACUCGUUGCUUUCUAUGGAACACACACAACUGAACGGAUCCAAGGAGCACAGAUACCCUGGCUGUGUGAACGUUUCGUUUGCGUACAUCGAGGGUGAGUCACUUUUGAUGGCUUUGAAAGAUAUCGCCCUGUCUUCGGGAUCUGCAUGCACGUCUGCGUCGCUGGAGCCAUCGUAUGUGCUGCAUGCUCUGGGAGCAGAUGAUGCUCUUGCACACUCUUCGAUCAGAUUCGGUGUUGGAAGAUUCACCACCCAAGCAGAGAUCGACUAUGUUGUGCAAGCCCUGACAGAGAGAGUCAAGUUCCUACGGGAGUUGAGUCCACUAUGGGAGAUGGUUAAUGAGGGAAUUGAUUUGGACUCGAUCGAAUGGGCAGGACAUUGA